AGGUUGGCCGACGCUUUGACGAACCGUGGGUGCGGACCGACGAACCGGAUGGUUCGGCUUUCCCAACACGACCUCUAUAAAACCCCUUCCGUCAUCCGCUUCUUCGUUCGUAACUGCAGAGCUUUGCUUUCUCCGGAGAUAUUUUGAAGCGAAGAGAUAUGAGCAUGAUGGAAUUGCCUUCAGGAGCAAUACCCAAGUCCACGCUGAACCCAGAUGCUCCGCUCUUCAUCCCAAUGGCCUUUCAGCAGGUGCAAGACUUUUCGCCGGAAUGGUGGGAGCUAGUGAAGACAACCACUUGGUUCCGCGAACAUUGGUUCCACAUACACCAAGAUCAAGAAACCUUCGACGGGGCCGAUGAAGAUGAGGAUGUUGCAAACCUGCUUCCCGAUUCCAUUGAUCUUGAAAUCGGCAAUGAACUAUCCAUGAUCGGUGCAGACACUGAACGAGUAUCUCUCCAGCAAUCUGUGCUAGAAGACGUGGCCAUGAACACUGACAUGCUCAAUUUGGGGUUUCUGAACAAUGCAGAGAUAAAUUUUGGCUCAAGAGCUCCAAAGAACGACAUCAGAGCAUUAUCCGAACCCGCAAAGUAUCGCGAGAAACCCGUUCAGCGAAUGAGCCCAAAGUUCGCCUCUCGCCAUUUCAUUCAACAGCCUCGCUAGAACUAGAAGUAAUCCUACUGCCUUCCUUCUGUAUAGAACUACGAUGAAUCUAUCUGACUGUAGAGUUGUUCAAAGUAAGUUCAUUUGGGAAUUAAACUGUCAAACUA